CUUUGCUAAAAACCAAGCAAUAAUACAGAGUUCAGGGACCUACCUCUGCUUUCUGGAUUCUGAUGAUGUGAUGAUGCCACAGAGGGUGAAACUGCAGUUUGAAGCUGCCAUUCAGCAUCCAAAUAGUAUUAUAGGUUGCCAAGUCAGGAGAGAGCCAUUGGAUUCUACUGAACGAUAUACUCGUUGGAUCAAUAACCUGACACCUGGACAACUUCUUACACAGGUGUUUACCUCCCAUGGACCCACUGUGAUCAUGCCUACCUGGUUCUGUUCCCGAGAAUGGUUUUGUCACGUGGGCAAAUUUGAUGAGGGUGGGAAGGGUGUUCCGGAAGACUUGCUGUUCUUUUAUGAACAUAUCCAAAAGGGUGGUGGAGUCUUUCGAGUUGACCAGUGCCUCCUCCAGUAUCGCUACCAUCCACAGGCAGCAACUCAUUCAGUUCUAGAGGAAACCAUCUGGAAUCACCGAGUCAGGUUUCUGGAAGACAGAGCCCUCAAGCACUGGACAUCUUUCACCAUUUGGAAUGCUGGCAAACAGGGCAGGAAGCUCUAUAGAAGCUUAUCACCAGCUAAUCAGAAGAAGGUAGCUGCAUUUUGUGAUGUUGAUGAAAAUAAGAUAAUGAAAGGUUUCUACACUUACCAAGAAUCCAAGGAGAGACGAAAACCCCAAAUUCCCAUACAACAUUUCAGAGACGCAACCCCACCUUUCAUUAUCUGUGUAAAGUUGGAUCUGACAGGUGGAGGAUUUGAAGAAAACUUGGCCACACUAGACUUGAAAGAGGGACUGGAUUAUCAUCAUUUCAGCUGAACACUCAGCUCAGUCUCAAACUCCAGUUUAUCAAGAUGCAGCAGCACAGAUCACUUCCUCCUUCAUGACGCAAGUGCCAGAGAGCUUCAGUUUUCAAAGCAACAGAGAACACCGACUGCUUUACUAUGCUGCACUCUACAUACAGGAAACAAAAAAAGAAGAACUUACGAAAUUCCUUUUAGCUGAGGUCAUGCUCCUGCUGACAUUUUCUUCUGAAGAAGAAUGAAGGGCCGAGCAUGCGAGGUGUUGAUGGAUGACCAGGUAGCCAUUUUACAGAUUUUUGUUCUUGCUGCUGACUGUGGAAGCGUUGAGUAUGCUCCAACCUCUUCUGCUGAUGAAUGUGCUUCAGCAACAGUAUUUAAUCUAGCUAAGAAUGGAUAAUUUUAGAUACUUUCAAGCACAUGCAUGUAACUUACAGCGAAAGAAUAAAAAUGAUGUUUUACUAAGCUAA